AUGAAUAAUCCCAGUUAUGGAGACAUAGACAUAGAAGAGCCCUGCGAGAUGGGGAGAGACAAAUGGCUGAAGCAUGCCCUCAGCAUUUACAUCCACCCCAUCAUCUGUGUUGUCGGCUUCAUCGGCAAUGUCCUCGUCAUCAUCACCUACGCCUUCUACAAGAGGGCCAAAUCCAUGACAGACGUCUACCUGCUCAAUUUGGCCGUAGCUGACAUUAUAUUUGUGCUAGCAUUGCCGCUGAUAAUCUACAACGAGCACAACAACUGGGCCAUGGGCGAUGGGGCUUGCAAGCUCCUCAGUGGCCUCUACAGCAUGAACGUGUACAGUGGCAUCCUCCUGCUGGCCUGUAUCGGUACCGACCGUUACAUGGCCAUUGUCCAAGCUAGCCGGUCGUUCCGGAUGCGCUCGAAAACGCAGGUCUACGGCCGUGUGAUCUGCAUCAUAGUCUGGUUCCUGGCUCUCAUGCUGUCCCUGCCCACGUUCAUCUACUACAAGAGGUAUGACGCCAAUGAAAGGCAAUCCAAAAGCUUCGAUGACGACUAUGACAACUACAUGGGAUAUGUAAAGAUAUUCGAAAACCACACCUAUGACGACUAUAUGGGAGAUGUGAAGUCAUUCGAAGACGACACAUAUGACAAGUAUACGGGAGAUGAACCCUACAUAGUGUGCUCGUUCCGUUUCGAUGACAACACGACCGCACGGGUUGUAAAGCGUUUGGUUCCCAGUUCGCAGGUGGCCAUAGGUUUCUGUCUUCCCCUUCUGAUCAUGGGUUUCUGCUACACCAGUGUUAUCUUGACCCUACAGCGCGCCAAGAACUUCCAGCGGCACAAAGCUGUCCGUGUGGUCUUGUGUGUGGUGAUAGUGUUCUUGGCCUGUCAUGUCCCCUACAACACGACUCUCCUCUACUUCACUGUGCUCUUGUUCCAGCAGAUGGAAUGUGAUCAGGAAGUUAGCAUACAAGUGGCACUGGUAGUGACCCAGACUAUAGCUUAUCUGCACUGCUGUCUAAACCCCAUCCUCUAUGCCUUUGUUGGGGUCAAUUUCCGCAACCACUUCCGUAAGAUUCUGACGGACACAUUCUGUAAAGGAAAGAGGUACAUCCAAGGGGAAACAAGCUACUUUAGCCGUCGCUCUGUAGAUGGAUCGACCAAAGACAAUGCCACGUCUUUCACUAUGUGA